UGUUCCCAUCCGUUGUUCUCUUGUCCCGUUCGUCUUUGAUAUUAAACAUCACGUACCUCACUCCGUGUACCCACGCCAAUCAUGUCGUCAUCCGUUUCCCUACCUCCAGAGCUCCGGCAUGACAUCUAUCUCCGGCAUUUCCGAUCAAUAACCAUAACCAGACAGGACAAAAACAAGACCAUCUCGCUCUUCUACGAGUCUGCCGUCUGAUCUACCACGAGGCAGAGCCACUCGCCAUCCCCAAUGUGAACAUCAUCUGCGAUCACAACGCCGACGUGAUAGAGGUUCUCAGCAGGAUGGACAUGGCACAGAUCACGCGCCUGAAACACUUGGCAGUCUGCCACUCGCCAACAGGUCUCAAACUUUUUGACUGCGGCAGGGAUUUGGAGCCCGAUACUCCAAAUGGGAAUCUCGAUGCUGCCGACCUUGAACUAGACGAAGGACUCCUCCGGUAUGAGGAACAUAAUGAUUCAGAUGGAGAGCUCGGGGAGAAUGAUAGCAUAGACUUGAGCAACGCCACCUGCGAGUCAGCCACCGAUGGAGACGACGAUGAAGACGACGAUGAACGCCGCCACGGCAUCCAGUACUUCCAUCUCGGUGCAGUUCUCGGACUAUUCCCCGGCCUGCAGUUUGACCUCCUCAAAGUGUUCAAUGGGGUUGGAUCAGGCCCUGAUACUAGUGUCCAUACCACCGACUGCUUCUCGUCCCUCCUAGCGGCCGAUGACUACCGGAAACUGUGGAUGGUACCGGCGGGCGGCGACGAGGGGCCAUGGUUGGACUCACCGUGCAUCGAGGAGUGGAAAGCCAUUAUAGCCACUCAUAUUCAAUAGCCACUCAUAUUUAAUCCCAUUCGGGUUGGAAAGUCGAAUUCACGCUGCCUUGCUAUGACUGGGAAGGUGAGCAGCGACCCAAGCAAUCGGAAUAUG